UCUAUGUCUAUGACGGGUACGGUGUACGGUCCCGUGCGGAAGCAGCUUGCGGCGCGCUCGUGGAUCGACACACGGCCUCCGAUACCGACAGCGAUAAUCGACGUUGUCGGCGUAAUCGGCGUCAGGGGGGCCGAUCCCUGCGGCACGACGCGACGUAGCGUUUAACCGUCGCCGAAUCGCCCGUUGCUUGACAGAACCGAGGAAGAUGGCCGAUAUGACGGAGUCGCCGCCUCUGUUCGACACCAACGAGACGAAAUUGGACGACCUGGAGGAUGACGACGAGGAUAUCUUCGCGUCCGCGGUGCAGGAGCAGAAUCAACUGGAGGACACGUCACCUUACAACGGAGUGUCCAAGGUUCAGGCGGAAUUGCCGAAGCUGUCCCUGCGAGACAUGCCGGAGGAGAAUUCGUUCUCCUCGAUGUCCAGCCCGGCGCCAGGUCCCUUGAGCCCUCCGCUGGGGCCGAUGAAUACGGACAUCGGGGACCUUCAUGAUGUUCCUAUCAACGACAACGCGGACACCUUGUCUACAAGCGUCAUUCACUCUCGAUCUCUAGAGGAGGUCCCGGCAGACGCGUCCGAGGUGUUCUUAAAGAUUACCGUCACUUCGCCUCAGAAGAUAGGCGACGGUAUGGGUGCCUACGUCGCGUACAAAGUUGAGACGAGAACGAACAUGCUGAUUUUUAAGAAGAGAAACUUCAGCGUGAUUCGGCGUUUCAGCGACUUCCUAGGUCUUCACGACAAAUUGACGGAGAAAUAUCUCAGGAACGGCAGGAUAAUCCCGCCGGCUCCGGAGAAGAGUGUAAUCGGAACUACGAAGAUCAAAAUGUCCGGGGACAAGAGCCAGGAGCAAAACUCGAGUUCCACCGAGUUCAUCGAACGACGCAGAGCGGCCCUCGAGAGGUACUUGAACCGAACAGCCGCACAUCCAGUUCUGAGCAUCGAUCCUGAUUUCAGAGAAUUUUUGGAAGCUGACGUAGAAUUGCCUAAGGCCACCAAUACAUCCGCAUUGAGUGGUAAAGGAGUGAUGCGGCUUUUCAACAAAGUUGGGGAAACUGUUAAUAAGAUAACGUACAAAAUGGACGAGAGUGAUAUGGAGGGUAAGUGGUUCGAGGAGAAAACAUCGCAAAUAGAUUCCCUUGACAUUCAGUUACGUGCGCUGCAUUCCGCGGUCGAUUCCUUAACGAAUCAAAGAAGGGAAUUGGCAAACUGUACUGGCGCCACGGCGAAGUCGGUUGCCGUUCUCGGUCAUGGCGAACCGGGAGCGUCUCUUGGCAGAGCCUUGGCGCAAUUGGCCGAGACUCUGGAAAAGGUGGAGGUGAUCAGGAAGACGCAGAGCAACAGCGAUCUCUAUCAAUUUGCAGAGAUGCUAAGGGAUUACGUCGCGCUUAUUGGCGCAAUUAAAGAUGUUUUUCACGAGAGAGUGAAAGUCUUUCAAAACUGGCAACACGCCCAGUUGAUGUUGAACAAGAAACGCGAGCAAAAGGCGCGACUCGAGCAAUCAGGCCGCACGGACAAGACGAGUCAAGCGGCUACCGAGGUCAUCGAGUGGGAGGCGAAGGUGGACAGAGGCCAGGAGGAAUUCGACAAUAUCUCGAAGAUGAUAAAGGAGGAGGUCGAGCGCUUCGAAUUAGUCAGAGUGCAAGAUUUCAAGAAGCAGCUGAUCGAAUACCUGGAAUCGAUGCUGCAACAUCAGAAUCAACUCGUCAAGUACUGGGAGAGUUUCUUGCCGGAGGCACGAGCGGUCGCGUAAACAUUCCGUUAAAAAGAAGCGAUAAUACGAUAAUAAGGCCGAUACCUACCGUAUACCACGAAAGAAGUAACUUCUGUGAUGUUCGUCGGGACAAGUUAUAUUCCUUCAGUAUCAACGAUUGCGGCGUAUCUUGAUGAAAGAAUACUUGGGCUUUACAGUAUACAUGUAAGAUCGAAGAAGAAAGAGAGAGAGAGAGAGCGCAAAACACACGAUUCGAGGGUACUGCCAGUUCAAUUGGAAGCGCGAUGAAAGAGAAGAGAAUUAUAUCCUAAUUAGACGAACGUAACUAGAAGUCUCAAAUUUUUAUUACAUUUCAAUUAUUGUCAAUAUAUAAUAUAUUAAUUCUUUAUGAUUACUUUAUAU